GUCCUCAGGAUCCCGCGGCUCUGUGGAGGGAGGAGAGGCUGAGCGGAGCAGGGGGAGCAGGGGAGCGGAAGACAACCAGAGCCCGGACAGCGGUGUAACCAACGCUCCAGACAGGACAGGCAGAGCGCACGUGGAUAUCGAAGCACACAUCAAGAUUCAUUUGACUAGGACCUGGUAAAUUGGCUUCAGGAGAAAGGGGGGACGCAAAUCCGAGACGCACCUUUGGGUUUCGACGCUUAGUGGUGAUGUGAUGGUGGUGAAGGGGGCGUGCGUCAACACAGACAACUGGCACGCAGUCAGGUGCAGUCCACAGUGCGUCUGUUGUGUCUGACAUGCAAACACCCGGCGUGGAUUCAAGUCAUCAGAGGAGCAGCUUAUCAGUGCGGGACAUCAUGGUGGACACUCAGCACCUCUUGGCCUGGCCCUCUGCAUUUGGAUUGAAUGCUAUGGAUCUCUCAGAGUUGGACUGUAGCUCCCACGGCCUGGACACGAAGCACAUGUCCACUCUAGACUACUCCUCCAUCUCCAACUCCUCCUUGGCCUCCUCCCUGUCUCCUCCUCUCACCUCCUCCGCCAUGACCUAUGACCUCAGUCCGCCGCCACACAGCGAGGAGCCUUUGAGCAGCCUGGACUACAGCAACAUGCACAGCUACAGGAGUGAGAUGGAGGCGCAUAGUACACAUAGUCUAAUAAAGUUGGAGCCUGAAUCCCCACCCCAGUACACAGACAGUCCCGCUUUCUCCAAACUUCAGGAUGACACAGCGACCACGACCACCAUGUCUUUAAACAUCGAGUGCAGAGUUUGCGGAGACAGGGCGUCAGGCUUUCACUACGGGGUCCACGCCUGCGAGGGCUGCAAGGGUUUCUUCAGACGCACGAUUCGGCUAAAGCUGGUGUACGAUCACUGUGACCUCCACUGUCGCAUUCACAAAAAGUCCAGGAACAAGUGUCAGUACUGCCGCUUCCAGAAAUGCCUCAACGUCGGCAUGUCACACAAUGCGAUCCGGUUUGGCCGAAUGCCCCAGGCGGAGAAGGAGAAGUUGUUGGCUGAGUUUUCGUCGGAUGUGGAGCUUUUGCAUCCAGAGGCAGCAGAUCUCCGAGCUCUGUCACGACAUCUAUACGACGCAUAUCUCAAAUACUUCCCCCUCACCAAGGCCAAGGCCAGGGCCAUCCUCUCCGGCAAGACUGGGGACAACGUGCCUUUUGUCAUCCAUGAUAUGAAGUCUUUAUUAGAAGGAGAGCAGUUUAUCAACCUCCAAGUACCAGUCCCAGAUCAGCAGCAACAGACCUCCAUAAAUACAAAUGGAUUCAGUGGGUUGGCAGCUAACCCGUUCUCUGACUACAGCCACGUCCCCAGUGGCAUUGGGCCCAUGUGCAUGGACACAGCAGAGAUGAGGUUCUUUCACAGCUGUCAGUCCAGAUCGGCCGAGGCUGUGAGAGAGGUGACGGAGUUUGCAAAGAGCAUCCCAGGAUUUAUUGACCUGGACCUCAAUGACCAGGUGACUUUGCUGAAAUACGGCGUUAUCGAGGUGCUAAUCAUCAUGAUGGCUCCUCUGAUGAACAAAGACGGGACCCUGAUCUCGUACGGACACAUUUUCAUGACGCGAGAGUUCCUAAAGAGUCUGAGGAAGCCCUUCUGUCAAAUGAUGGAGCCCAAGUUUGAGUUCUCCGUCAAGUUCAACACGUUAGAGCUGGACGACAGUGACAUGGCACUCUUCCUCGCCGUCAUCAUCCUCAGCGGAGACCGGCCGGGCCUGUUGAACGUGAAGCCCAUAGAGCAGCUGCAGGAGACGGUGCUGCACUCUCUGGAGCUGCAGCUCAAAGUCAACCACCCCGAGUCCCUGCAGCUGUUCGCUAAACUGCUGCAGAAGAUGACUGACCUGCGGCAGAUCGUCACCGACCACGUGCACCUCAUCCAGCUCCUCAAAAAGACCGAGGUGGACAUGUGCCUCCACCCUCUGCUCCAGGAGAUCAUGAAGGACCUCUACUAGAGACUAUGGCUGUGUCCACACCUCCACACACACACACACCUCCACACACAAGGUGCACUGUGCAACUUUUAUGGUGGGAGAGUCUGCCAUGGUCAUUGCAUUAAAUGUGUGUUUCUUGUAUAUUCAGUUACAUGUGUUUUUAGUGCUAAAGAAAGAUCGUGAAAAACAUCUAAAGAUAUGACUUGUGACUUUGCCUGUUUGCAUCACCUUCUAGUCUCAGUGGAUGGAGACUGUUAAGUUUAAUGUCAUAAUGUAGAAUAGUAUGAGACAAAUGUAUUAUUAACAGGUGGUAGAUCCCGUAUCAUAAAACAUACAUAUUGCACCUUUAAAUUGGGGUCUAAAGUGGGACUUAACCCAGAACUAAACCUGGACUACAUCAGAACCAAACCAAGUAAACAUCAGGGUUAAACUGAGAUCAAACCAGGACCAAAAGUGUGGAUGCAGCUUUAUGACUUAAGUGCGAUGUUUCUAAGAUGGGACCAAAUGGGAGGAAACAGACUGACAUUUUGACUGAAGUAAAUUGAAUAAAAGGGAUUAAAGGAGGCAUCAAAUCAGUGCAACUUUGAACAACAAGUACAGUACCAUAGAUGUAUUAUGUAUGUUUGAUAAAAUGCUAGUUUUAUAUUCCCCUAAUACUAUUUUUGCUCGUGGCUUCUCAAAAAGUAAUUCCAAAAAGGAUUUUUUUUACUAUAGUUUACUAUUUUACCAUUACCUUAUGGGGGUAGCAAUUGUGUAUUGGUUUAACAAACAAACAAAUUAUUGAAUUAAGCCCAUUCCAAUCACAUACUGCCAAUGUGUCCUUGAGCAAGAUACUUGACUCUUUCUCUCUUGUUAAUCUGGUUACGACCAGAAGGGUAUCUGACUUAAAAAUCUGCCAAAUCAUUAUGUAACUGUGUUAUUUUAAAACUGUCAAAAAAGAGCAGCCUGGUGUGAUUUUGGUAUGGAAAGUACACACGCUGAUUUGAAUAAAAGGUUUAAAAAUGAAAGUGUAAUUAGCGAGCCAUCCUUAAUAACCACAAAGUAUCACUAUUUUGUUGUUGUUCUAAUUACUACAUCUACACAAAGUGCUUAACUGGUUUGGAGUCUACUAAAGAAAUAGGUUUUUUGAUUGGUUGUCUGAAAGGGUGAAAAAUCAUGACUUUGCUUUAACUGUGAAUACUAGACACACAUGGCCGUGUGUGUUGUCUAAGCAGCUUAUGUCUACUGUAUGUUGCGUUACAAGUGUCAUAGAGGAACAUUAUAUUAGACGUGCCUUAUUUGAACCCGGUGCACUGAAUGGCAGCAGACACAGAUGUUAUCACUAAAUCUGCUUCCAUAACUAUCUUAGCAUAUUUCUGAGUCACCUAAAACUGUGAGACGCACAUUACUGUAACAUGUUAUAAGCCAUAUUGUGCCUUGUGAAGAAUCUUGUAUUGUACACAUAUCAGGUAUAAUGUUAUAUUUUGUAUAGAUAAUCAUAACAAAGCAUUUAAAGAUGAUAAAGUGUUUGCUUAAUCUAUUUUAUGUGACAAAAGGGAUUACUCAAAUGCAAUUGUAUGGAUAACUUGUGUUGUAAAUAAAAUAUUUUCUAAC